AUGUUUAUGGAUAGUACAUCCUUGAAUGUACUUGCUUGGAACAUUAGGGGAGCAUCAGGAGCUCAUGGUCAGAGGAGGGCUAGGGAUUUGAUUAGAUCCUUUCGUCCCUCCUUAUUUAUAGUUGUUGAGACACAUUGUCCUUUUGAUACAGUUGCUUCGUUUUGGCGUCGAGCUGGUUAUGACCUUUGUGGGUGUUCGGAAGCGUCUGGUCAUCGGGGAGGAAUCUGGAUUCUUGCGCCCGCUAACAGAAGCUUUGAUGUGCGAGUGAUGGAGGUUCAUUUUCAAGCUGUAACCAUCUCUAUCAGUGUAAAUAAUAGAGCCUGGACUUGCUCAGCAAUUUACGCAAGCCCUAAUCCUUCGUUGAGAGAGGACUUUUGGAGGUACUUAAUCGAUCUUCGCCAAAGGAUUUUGGAACCUUGGCUUGCUGUGGGUGACUUUAACGAAAUCAUCUCCCCUUUAGAGGUGUCAGGAGGCGCGUUUUGUCAAAACAGAGCAAACCGUAUGCUCUCCAUGUUAGAGGCCUGUGAGUUUCUCGAUCUUGGAUCCACUGGGAAGCAAUUCACUUGGGAGAGAAGGCCACACGGAGGUCGUACCAUUGCAAAGCGCCUAGAUAGAGCUGUUGGGGACAUUGCUUGGCGCCACACCUUCCCGGAGGCUUACGUGGAGCAUUUGGCUCGAGUGUAG